GACCCACUUCCGCAGCCCGCGGAUAACAUGGCGGCGUCCGAAGAGUGCGAGUCAUCGGCUGAGGUUCCCCAGAUGGCGGUGGACGAGGCGGAAACGAAAACGUUUAAAGACCUGGGUGUGACAGAUGUGUUGUGUGAAGCUUGUGACCAGUUGGGAUGGACAAAACCAACAAAGAUCCAGAUUGAAGCUAUUCCUUUGGCCUUACAAGGUCGUGAUAUUAUUGGGCUAGCGGAAACCGGCUCUGGGAAGACAGGGGCCUUUGCUCUGCCCAUUCUGAAUGUGCUGCUGGAGACGCCCCAGCGUUUGUUUGCUUUAGUUCUCACCCCCACUCGGGAGCUAGCCUUUCAGAUCUCAGAGCAGUUUGAAGCCCUGGGGUCUUCUAUUGGGGUGCAAUGUGCUGUGAUUGUAGGUGGAAUUGAUUCAAUGUCUCAAUCUCUGGCCCUGGCCAAAAAGCCACAUAUAGUAAUAGCAACUCCUGGUCGACUGAUUGACCACUUGGAAAAUACAAAAGGUUUCAACUUAAGGGCUCUCAAGUACUUGGUCAUGGAUGAAGCAGACCGAAUAUUGAAUAUGGAUUUUGAGACAGAGGUUGACAAGAUCCUGAAAGUGAUUCCCCGAGAUCGGAAAACAUUUCUCUUCUCUGCUACAAUGACCAAGAAGGUGCAAAAACUUCAGCGAGCAGCGCUGAAGAAUCCUGUGAAAUGUGCCGUUUCCUCUAAAUACCAGACGGUUGAGAAGUUACAGCAAUAUUAUCUUUUUAUUCCUUCUAAGUUCAAGGAUACCUACCUGGUUUAUAUUCUAAAUGAAUUGGCUGGAAACUCCUUUAUGAUAUUCUGCAGCACCUGUAACAAUACUCAGAGGACAGCUUUGCUCCUCCGAAAUCUUGGAUUCACUGCCAUUCCGCUCCAUGGACAGAUGAGUCAGAGCAAGCGACUAGGAUCCCUUAAUAAAUUUAAGGCAAAGGCUCGUUCCAUUCUUUUAGCAACUGAUGUUGCAAGCCGUGGUUUGGACAUACCUCAUGUGGAUGUAGUUGUUAACUUUGACAUUCCUACCCAUUCCAAGGAUUACAUCCAUCGAGUAGGUCGAACAGCUCGAGCAGGGCGCUCUGGAAAGGCUAUUACCUUUGUCACACAAUAUGACGUGGAACUCUUCCAGCGCAUAGAACACUUAAUUGGGAAGAAAUUGCCUGUCUUUCCAACCCAGGAUGACGAGGUUAUGAUGCUGACAGAACGUGUGACUGAGGCCCAGAGAUUUGCCCGAAUGGAGUUAAGGGAGCAUGGAGAGAAGAAGAAGCGCUCGUGGGAGGUUGCUGGGGACAACGAUGAUACAGAGGGUGCAAUCGGUGUCAGGAACAAGGUGGCUGGAGGAAAAAUGAAGAAACGGAAAGGCCAUUAAUCUCUUUUAUAGAGACUUGAUUUCUGCUCUCUGCUCUGUGAAGAGGAUUGAAGGAGAGAAUGGGGCCUCUCCCUCCCGAGUUCUGCAGAGGCCGAAAUCCGUCAGACUUGCGUCCAGAAUCUGCCCAGCUCACUCAGUGCUCAUCCCCCUUUCCGUGUGUUAGAACAUCGUUGCCCGCAGAAUAUGUUCGAAGUGCUGGUGUCGAGACUCGGACUGUUCUUCAGCUUUGGUUCCUUGCUCCUGGCACUAGUAAGACGUGCUCUCCUAUCCGUUCACACAGACCUGUGCUUUUCUCAGCUGCGAGUCGAGGAUUGGGCUAAUGAAGCCCUUGACCUGUAAUUGUAAAGGAAAGGAGCUUCUAGAGCUAAAAACAGUGAUACUUCCGCAGUCUCAGCUUGUGUUUCAUGAGACCAAAUGAGAAAUAAUAAAUUUAAAUAUUAUUUUU